AUGGCGAACACCCAAGACCCUUCGAGUUACCUCGCCAAUGCGCGCAUCGCCCCGGAAAUCUUCCAGCUCCGACCUGAUUAUCGCGCCUUGCUUAUGGUGGUCACCAACAUACCACCAGGCCCUUCCGACUCAGUCAGUGAAGCUUUCCUCUCCUCGGCAGAAGUAUCAGCCAAAGAAGCACUGGCAAAAACUCCGGUGAACGACAUUGCGCAUGUCGCGCAAUGGAAAGAAGCCUACAAAGCCUUUGGCGCAAAGCCCAAAAAGACCAUGAACAGUCUUGAAGCCCUGUUGCGUCGUGUUGAUGCAGGCCUACCGCGUGUGAACCGCCUGACAGAUAUUUACAACGGCAUCUCGCUCAAACACCAGAUCCCUCUUGGAGGCGAAGAUCUUGACAAAUAUGAGGGAAGCCCUUUCCUGAUACGCGCAAAAGGCGACGAAAAGUUCGACACAAAAUCUGGCGGCGAAGUCGUCAUUGAAAGCCCAAGUCCCGGAGAAGCAGUCUGGUGCGACGAUGGUGGUGUGACGUGUAGACGUUGGAAUUGGAGGCAAUGCUCGAGGACUGCGUUGAGCGACGGAACAUCAAAUGUGUUGUUCAUCCUAGAUGCGUUGGAAGCUAUCGACGAUGCAAAGCUAAAUGCUGCAGCGGACGAGCUAAGUCACCAAUUACAAAAGCUCUCCGCGGAUGUAAAAGUCGAGAAGCGUCUCUUGAAGUCAUGA